AUGGACGCCGAGGUGCUACUGGGCCCCCCCGUGAUGGCGGACGUGAACGGCAACAAUAAGCUGGCUAACGCCGAGCUGGAGGUGCUCAAGCUGCAGGAGCUGGUCCGCAAGCUGGAGAAGCAAAACGAGCAGCUGCGGAGCAGGGCUAACGCGGUAAACAAUUGCCCCGUCGCCUCCCGACAUCAGCACCUCCUCCUCCAGAGCGGGACCCCGGCCGCUUGUCUGCCCGCGGCCAGGGAGCCUUUCCCGGUUAAGUGUGAGAGCCAAUCCCCCCGGGAGCCCUUCGCCUAUUUUCAGCCUAGCUCGUCGUCGUCUUCUCCCGACGCCGCCGAGGAGGAGGUGCAAGACGGCGUGGAGGAGGAGAAUGGAGCCUCGACGGUUCUGGAUGAGGUUGACAUUUUGGACCUUAACACCGUGUUCUCAGACUCCGAACCGGAUAGCUGGCUUUACGUGAGCUCCAAAUCCAAGCCGGGCAGCGACAAAGUUGGCAUCAGUCCUCUCCAGUGGUGCAGGCAGGUCCUGGACCACCCGGGACCAGAAGUAGAGCUGGCAAAGAUGACGCUGUGCCACAGAUUGGACCAAGCCAAGCGGUGGCGCGGAACCUCCCCCGUCCGACCGUACAGCUGCAUAGACGGACUGUCCACCCUCAGCUGCCCUAUCCUGCCUUACUCCAAACCUGCUGCAAUAACCGACACCACAGCUCUGCCGCCGGUGCCGUCCAGUCCCGCCUUCCCCCUCCGACCCAGCCUCAGCCUGGACAGAGCCCCCAGCUUCCUGUCGAACUCCGGUCUGCACAGUAUUAGCCGUCGGCAUGCUGCCAUCAGCCCCCAGUCUUCCCUGGACAGCGAAGCAGGCAUUUCCGAGCUUGAUGAUGACUCCAUUACCAUGGGAUACAAACUGCAGGACAUGACAGACGUGGAGGUCAUGGCUCGUCUUCAGGAGGAGAGUCUGCGUCAGGACUAUGCGUCUACCUCAGCGACGGUCAGUCGACGCUGCUCCAGCUUCUCCCUGAACUCGCUCCGACGCAGCAACAUUGACCUUGAGGAGGACGAUGAGGACGACGAGGACGAGGGCUACGACCAGCUCCCUCCUCCGCAGCCUCGACUCUUCCGUACGGGAUCGGUGCAGCGGGGUAGCCUGCCCCACUCUCACACCUUCUCCAGCUUCCGGGACUGCAGACGCAGCUCCAACGCCUCGACAUUCUCUCUCGGGGCGUUGGCGCCAUACGCAGGGGUUGCUAGCCUUAGCGAAGAAACCCAAGCGUCGUCGUAUAGGAACAGCGCAGACAUGAAACUGCGGCGAAGCAUGCCCAACCUGAUGCGCGCCCCCAGCAUGCCGAGUGUUCCUAGUAUCCCGAGCGUUCCCAGUAUGCAAUGCCUGACGUCCCCCGUCACCCCGGCGUCCCACGGCCCUUCAUCCCUGCCGACCAUGUCUUCCCUACGCAGCAGUCUCAGCUUUGACUCGUCCAGCAGCCUCGCACGCCUCCAGUCCUCCAUUCCUUCUCCUGGCCAGCUGAGUCAGCGUGUCCAGAGCAUCGGCAACUUCCCCACAGCCCCUCGUCACCCCCUCAAAGCCACCGCCUACGUCAGCCCCACUGUCCUGCAGGGCCCCUCCACCUUGUCCGCCUCCACCAGUCUGCACUCCGUCCCCGGCAGCACGGCGCUGCCUCAACCCCUCAAGCCUGCCGUCAGUUCGGUACCGCAGCCUCUAAAGACCCCGACCGUCGGCCAGUCCGCCGUACCCCGCAGCUCCCUCCCUCGCCCCGCCUCUUUUGUGGGCCUCGGCGGGGCGCUGCGCUCAAACAAAAUGACACAGUCCACGCGGAGUUUGCUGACACCCCCAAAGAGCCUCGCCUCCCUAAGCACCUUGAGGGACGCCAGCUGGAAAGACGGCUGCUAUUAA